GCAAGUGUUGCUUUUGGUGUCUUGAGAAGUUUCUCAGAUUUAUCAACAAGAAUGCAUACAUAAUGAUUGCUGUGUACGGAAAGAAUUUUUGCAUUUCAGCAAAAGAUGCUUUCCUGUUGUUAAUGAGAAAUAUUGUAAGAGUAGUAGUUUUGGACAAAACAACUGACUUUUUGUUAUUCUUGGGGAAGCUGGUUGUUGUUGGAGCUUCAGCUUUGGCAGCUUUCUAUAUCUUCAGUGGUGAAGUUGAAAUUUCUCAGAUUGAUGGAGUCACCAAUUUGAACUACUAUUUACUUCCAGUCAUUACCAUCACCAUUGGCUCCUAUAUCAUAGCUUCAGGAUUUUUUAGUGUUUAUGGAAUGGCAGUGGAUACUCUAUUCCUUUGUUUCUUGGAAGACUGUGAAAGGAAUGACGGAUCAGAGGAAAAACCUUAUUAUAUGUCUAGAGAGCUCAUGAAGAUACUGGACAAAAAGAAUAAAUUCCAGAACAGUGAAUAAAAAUUAAAAACAAGAUUUCAAAGUCCAAAGUUAAAUGAUUAAGAAAAACUUUAAAUUAAAAGUUAAAGCAAAAGUUGUAAGAUAAAUAAGACCACAUUAAUCACUGUUUUUAGUGUGUAUUUUAAAGUAAUUCUAAAGUUUUUUACUAUGAGAAGUUUUAUUUAUUUUGGGUAGUUUGUUUGUGAUUAAAUAUGGUAGCACUCAGUAAGAAACGACAUUGAAUAUGAGAUGAAACUUCACAAAACAAUCAUGUUAUUUAAGUUUACAAUUAUUUGUAUUGCAUUGAGGCUUGUGAUUGUUAGCAAAAUAAAUUUGAUACUAAUCUGCUUUCAUUACAAAUUAAUGAUUAUAUAAAUUUCUGUAUGUGCAUGUAUUUGUUUACCUCUUAAAUUUGAAAAGCUUGACUUAAAAAAGUGACUUGCUGAUAUGCUUUUGGCUCUUUGCAUGAAUUUUGAUGUUAAAUGUGGAAAAUAUUUUUAUUCAAACAUUAACAUUUUUUGGAGAAAGCUGAUUUUUACACUAAGGGAUGCAAGUAAUAUAAAAGUUAAGUGAACAGCUUAUACUAAAAACCAGCCUUUGCCUAAAGAUCAAGUACGUCCUUCAUCUAUCGAAAAACAUUUUUGUCUGUCAGAAAUUAUUUUUAUCAAUAAACAGUAUAUACUUUUAAAAGGCUUAUAUAUUAUUUUUGUUAUUGUAGU